AUGGGAGCCGGUAACCUGACCGUUGUUGGCCAAGCAGAACAAGCCAACGGAACAAUUAAUAUUCGUACACGUGACAAUAAACAACAUGGCGAAUUCACUAUCGAUGAAGUUAUUAAACGCUUUAGUCACUUAGCUGAAACACGUACAAAUCAUGCUGAAGAUGAAUUCGCUGGACCAUCGGUUGACAGUAAUGCUGCCGAAGCAACAUCCAAAUUGGAAGCUACGAGUAUUUCUGAAAGUCAUGAUGAUAAAAAAGAAUAA